AUGGGCAGCUUACCAGACCACAGGUAUCGCAUUGGUGUCGAUGUCGGCGGCACAAACACUGACGCGGUGCUCAUUGCGCCUGACUCGAUGACCAUAAUCGCAUCGCACAAGGCACCCACCACGCCCGACGUCACGACCGGCAUCACGAACGCUGUUCAAACAGUGAUCGAGACGGCUUCAGUUUCCCUCUCCUCGAUCGGCUGCGUCAUCGUUGGCACCACGCACUUUGUCAAUGCCGUCGUCCAGCGCUCGCCGGCUCUCCGUCGAGUUGCGGUGAUAAGGCUCUGUGGCGGACCAGAUGAGGGCUUUGGCCGUGGGAUUCCACCAUUCACUGACUUUCCGCUGGAUCUUCGGUCGUGUAUCGAGUCCCCGCGACAGUACUUUUGUCAUGGAGGGUAUCAGAUCUCUGGCGAAGAGAUUAGCGCUAUUGACGAAGAUGAGAUCCGCCGAAUUGCUGCGGAGUUAACUGCAGACGGAGUCCAGAAUAUUGUGAUUUCAGGCAUGUACGCGCCGCUCAAUAAUGCGCAGGAAGUGGCCGUUCGCGAUAUCCUUCUGCAGACGAUGACAUCCGCCAAUUCCAAACCGCGGAUUACGCUCUCUCAUGAAAUUUCGGGCCUGGGCUUUCUGUCUCGUGAGAACGCUGCGAUCCUCAAUGCAACGUUACGUCCUCUUGCCGAGAAGACGAUCUACGCAUUCAAGAAAGCGAUGCGGGAUAUCUUCCAAAGCAAUCCCUAUACACUAUACCUCACGCAGAACGAUGGCAGCGUUCUAAGUGCCGGAGAGGCAGUUGACAAACCAAUCCGCACAUUCAAUUCGGGCCCAACAAAUUCCAUCCGUGGUGGAGAGUUUUUGUGGCGCGCUGCGGGGAAGGCUAGCGGGCUAGGUCAGGAAGACCGGACGGAGCCUCUGGUGGUUAUCGACAUUGGAGGAACUACAUCAGAUAGCGGACUGCUUUUGCCGAAUGGCCUACCGCAAAUGAGCUCCGUCACGGGUCUUGUUGGCGGCGUCCGAACAAACUUUGCACUUCCUGCUGUCGAGAGUAUUGGUCUGGGAGGUGGAAGCAUAAUACGCGAGACGGAUGGUGAAUUGACUGUUGGCCCUGACAGCGUUGCUCUGGAGUUGCUGGAGAAGGCAAAGCUUUUUGGAGGUGACUAUCUAACGUCAACGGAUAUCGUUGCUGCGGCGGGUAUUCAUUCACCAUGCGAACCAAAUCCCUUCCGUGGUAUGGGGGAUACCUCACGAUUGGCAGACAUUACUGCCGACAUGGUGUCUCGAGUACGUGAGAAAAUGCGGCAAAUGAUUGCGGCACUUGUAGACAGGACCAAGACACAGAAAGGAGACAUCGAUGUUUUGAUUGUUGGAGGGGGUGCCGCGCUUAUUAAAACAGAUGAACCUCUUACAGGCGUCCGGAGUUUGCGAACGGUUAGCGGGGCAGAGGUUGCGAAUGCGGUUGGGGCUGCCAUCUCGCGAGUAUCUGGUGUCAUUGAUACGGUUGUUGAUACGUCCAAUCAAUCAGUCAAGUCGGCACAAGAAUUCGUGUCUCGAUCGGCAGUUGAGAAGGCUGUCGCUAACGGGGCGAAGCCAGAAACGGUACAGAUUGCGGAGGUCACAAUGCUUCCAAUCCAGUAUGUAGACGCGAAGGCGAGAAUUGUUGUUCGCGCGGUUGGAGAAUUGGCCGUCGUUUCACAAGGCGUCGAGGAAAUCUUCGGCCAGUGCGAAAAGCAUGAGGAGGCUGAGAAAGAAGAAGUUGCGCGGAGCAUUCCAGCAAAGGCAGCUGACGAAGUCGAUGAUAUCCAAUCCUAUCGUCCGCUCAUCAAGAAUCGCCAAUGGAUCAUAUCGACCACAGACCUCGGCUUCAUCGCUCAAGGCUGCAAAGUGCUCGGUAGUGGAGGCGGCGGUGACCCAUAUCAAGAGUUCCUCAAAGUCAGCGCUCUCGUACGGAAGAACCCAGGCACAGUCAGAGUAGUCUCACCAGACUAUCUCCCUGAUGAUGCCCUGGUGGGCUGGACAGGGAACAUGGGCAGUCCCGAAGUCAGCAUGGAACGCCUGGAAAACGACGAAUGUCUCAAGGCGCAUGAAGAGCUCAUGCGCGCCACCGGCAGCCCCCAAGUAUCCGGCUUCAUGGCUCUGGAAAUCGGUGGAGGAAAUGGCGUACUAAACCUGGGUGUUGCGGCAAGAUUUGGUGUUUUCUGCAUCGACGCCGAUUACAUGGGCCGUGCGUAUCCCACGACCUGGCAGGUCACGGCGAAUGUAUACGGCACUGAGCGCGGCGAGGCUCUAGUUCCUAUGACCAUCGCCAGCGGUGACGGGUCAUUCAUCACAAUGACGGCCUCGCGUACAGACAAGCUCGUUGAUAAAAUUCUACGUGCGUCUUGCGUGGAGAUGGGCUGUCGCGCUGGAAGUGCUGGUCCUCCAAAGACGUCCAAGACCGUACGCGAACAGGCCGUCACGAACACUGUUUCUCUCGCCUGGUGGAUUGGUCGCGCAAUCGCGCUGGAAAAGACCAUCAGUGACAGAGCGAAGCGGAUGAUUGACGAGCUUGGGGGUCCUGAGAGCGCGGCGAUCCUUGGAGAAGGAAAAAUAACAAGUGUAGAACGCGUCCUUAGAACCGGCCAUACAUAUGGUGUGCUCGAGGUAGACGGAGGCCUGCCAGAUGGCACAAAAGUCAUUAUCAGAAUCCCGUUCAAGAACGAGAAUGCCUUCGUGGAGGCGGUUCUGCCAACUGGGGAGUCCCGGAUACUAGCGUCGGUGCCAGAUUUGAUUGCCGUUCUUGAUGCAGAGACAGGAGCCGGGCUGGGUACGCCCGAGUACAAGUACGGGCUAAAGGUGAUGAUCAUUGCUAUUGCCGCAUCCCCAAGGUGGACAGAUACGCCACGGGGCAUGGCUUUAGGAGGACCAGGUUCGAUGGGAUUUGACGGAAUCGAAUAUGUGCCAAUUGGGAAAUAUAGAAAGCCGCGCAGCGUAAUUGACGCUUUCGCGGUAUAA